UCAGAAAGAAUUCAACUGUCGACUAAAUCGGACGCGAAAAAAUUAUUUUUUGACGCAACUCAACUGAUUCGAAUUGUGAUCGAGUGAUUGAAAAAUUAAAGUGCAAUUGUCUGUAAAGAAGUGGAUUGAAAGUUGUGGUUCAAUAAAAGAAAAUUAAAUCAGACAAUAAGAAAAAUAAUUCAAUUAUUAAUUAGAAGUUAGCAAGAAAUUUUUUGAGGUUUGUGGAAUCAUCGAUUAAAAGUAAAUCAGCUCAACAAUGUCGUUUUUAAAAUCAAUGUGGAAGAACAGCUCGAAGCAUAAAAAAUUGAAUGAAGAAAUAGCAUUGGCGAGUAGUAUCAGUGACUUUACUGACAGUCCAUUGGAUAUCCAUGACGAAGAAGUGUCUGACGAAGCGAUCAUCUUUAACUUGAAAUACCUUGGAAACACAGUGAUGACGUCGACAACACCUCCAGACGAUAAAAGUAACAAGAAACUUAAACUCAGCAAAAAGUCACAAAUGAUAACAACGAGUGCCAUUAAGAAAGUUAUCAGCGCUUCAAAAAGUCAAAAGAAAGUUCCAGACGUAACAAUUGCAAUUUCUCCAAAAGGAAUCGAAACAUUCAACACGGUGACUGAAGAGACGCUCCUUAAAAUUCCAAUUUACAAAAUCUCGUAUUGUUCAAUUGACGCUGCACAUGACACAAUUUUUGCUUUCGUGAGUUCAACAGCCGAUAAAGGAAGCAAAACAUUCGAGAAAAGUGCACAGACGUUUGGAUCACCAGAAUCGCCAUCUGGUCAAUUAGAGUCGAACUCGGCCUUUGAACGAGCUUUUCAAAUCUAUCAAAACGAACAAUUUCUCGAAGAGAUUCGCAACAAAGACUCGAAGAACAAAGAAAAUGUUGAGACGCAAAACAACGUUUUGAAUAUUGAGAAGCUGAUAUCAGACGAGACCAAACAACAAAAUGAUGACGUGACCAAAUGUUUGAUUGAUUUGGGAGCUGAAAAUGAAUCGCAAUUGAAUCAAUUUUACACCAAAGAUCAGUCUGAUGAAUUUUCCCCAACAACUUGGGUAUCAUUCGAAUAAAAAUAAUUUUUUUAAUUGAUUGAUUGAAACUUUUAAUGGAAAAUAUUUUCUAGUUUAAAUUGAACAUAAAUUGUUUAUAUCUAUUUAAUCAAAAUGUUUAAUGAUUAAUUUGUUAAUAAAGCGACUUUCAGUCGCGUAUGAAAAUCCA